AUGGCGCCUCUUUCGCUUCUGGACUGCCCUAAAGAGGUUCAACUCGGCAUUGUUGAGCUUCUGCUCCAAGCCGAUGCAGCCAACCUCUCCAUGACUUGUCGAGCCCUGCACAGCCUUGCCGAGCCCCUCGUCUACUCCACCAUCCAGAUCACUUGGUCGAGGCAGUAUUAUCCACCCAUCCCGCAAAUUUUGCGGUUGAUUCGAACUUUACUCGAUCGACCAGAUCUAGGAGAUAUUGUUCGCUCCAUCGAAUUCGGCGGCGAAGGCUUUAUUGACUACGAUGAUCCUCCAUGGCCUGGUGAGACGCCAGAGCCGCCAGAGUUACCGAGCCUUCCCCUAGAUAAACUCACUGCACAUAUCAGGGGGUUCGGAGUCUCUGAGCCUAGCGUUGAAGGAUGGCUGUCUAAAGUAGUAUAUUCCGAUGCCUACCGGUACCUAGAUUUCGAUGAGAAUCGUGCGCUGAGUGUCAUUCAAAAAACCCAAUCCGCAACCUGUGAUGCAGCUGCAGCAACGGUUGUUUCUCUAUUACCAAACCUGGAGCGACUUACUGUUUCCGAGAAUUGGUACGACAAGGCGCGACUUCUAGGCCGUGUGCUUUGUAUAGCGAUUUGCGGCACAGACCGAGACUCGACUCGGGGUUCUUUGCCCACUUUUGCAUCUCUGAAAUAUGUUUCAGCCGACCCAAACAUAUACGAGAACGCAAACAGACACCCAGACAAAUAUCCAGGAUCUCUCGACGGCAGUCCAAAAUCCAACGCGGUUCUCGUGGCCCUGCGCUUCACCCCCGAAUCCCUUGUCUUUGACAUCCUUAGAGCUCUUCAGGCUUCGAGAAAUUCACCUUGGGCAUAUUUUGUCCGCGACAAAAAAUCUGAAGAAGCUGAGAUAUAA